GGAAUGAAUGUAUAUUUUCACAGUAUAGAUUCUUCUUUUUACUUGAAACUCACAAAGCCAUUUUUAAAAUUAACUACUGUGAGUGAAAUUAAUGAUUAAUUUAUUUGAAACUCCUUUUUAUAUUUGUAGUUAUCUGUAGUUAAUAAGUUUCACAACUGUCAUUAGACUAUUUUUAAAAAUUGGUAUUCAUAGGUAUUUUCAGAUUUAACCUGCGAUUUUUGUUGUUGGUUUUUAUUGGUAUCAAUAUAACUAGCUUCUAACAGUAAAAUUUUCAGUUUUGAAUCUUAAUGUUACCUAUAAAAACUAUUGUUCUUUUGGGGCAUUUGGGUGGCUCACUUAAGUAUCUUGGCUCCUGGUUUCGGCUCAGGUCAUGAUCUCACAGUUUGUGAGUUCAAGCCCCAUGUCAGGCUCCAUGCUGACAGUGCGGAACCUGCUUGGGAUUCUCUGUCCCCCACCCCCACCCCACCACCCCCCUGCCCCUCCUUCACUUGCACUGUCUCUCUCAAAAUAAAUAAAUAAACAAAUAAACUUAAAAAAGCUAUUGUUCCGGUGAUAAACCUUUUUAAAAAUUAUACCUACAACACGUCAUGUUUUCUUUCUUUUCUGAAAAUUAAGUAAGCAUAUUUUAUUGAAAAUAAAUGGUAUGAUGCAGAAGAGCUCCAGAUAUGUCUGAAUGCUGAAAAGCAACCAGACUUUAUGUUUUGUUUUAGUUAUUUCUUAGUUAAAUUUUUUAAAUAGGAGUGUUAUUUUAUUAUUUUUUUAUUUUAUCUUUUUUAUUUGAAAGAGAGAGCAGGGGAAGGGGAGAGAGUGAGAGAGAGAAAGAGAGAGAGAAUCCCAAGCAGUCUCCACACUCAGCACAGAGCCUGUGUGGGGCUUGAGCACCCACAACCCUGGGAUCAUGACCUGAGCCAAAAUCAAGAGUCAGGCACUCAACCUGACUAAGCCACCCAGGCACCCCAAUGGAGUGUUUUUUUAAAGUAAAAUAGAGGGGCGCCUGGGUGGCUUGGUCGGUUGAGCAUCCGACUUCGGCUCAGGUCAUGAUCUCACGGUCCGUGAGUUCGAGCCCCGCGUCGGGCUCUGUGCUGACAGCUCAGAGCCUGGAGCCUGUUUCGGAUUCUGUGUCUCCCUCUCUCUCUGCCCCUCCCCUGUUCAUGCUCUGUCUCUGUCUCAAAAAUAAAUAAACGUUAAAAAAAAAAUUUUUUUAAGUAAAAUAGAGAAGACUAAUUGGAAAAUAUUCAUAAAAUUCAAGAAACAGCAUGAUUAAAAAAAGAACUAUGUAGUAGUAAUUGUAUAUACUUAUUGGAAAAGUUGGAAGAAAAUGCAUCAAAAUAAGUGAUUAUCUCUGGAUUAGGAGAUUAAAGAAAGACUUAGAAUUUAUUACUUUACCUUUUGUAUACUUGAGUUUCUACAAUGAAUAGUUAUUGCUUUGGGCACUAGCAUUUUCUUUUUAAUUUGAUAUAAAGAAUUAAGACAUUUAAAUAAUGAUUUCUUCUUAAUUCUCUGAAUAUCUUAAAUGAAAAUGUUUCAACUUAUCCAGAUAACUGAAUAAGUUAUUUAAUUUUAUGGGUCCAGACAUAUUUUUAGGCUUAUAUAAGCACAGCAAAAUUUUAAAAGCAGAAGUAAAUCCUAGCAUAUAAAGCAAUUUAAUAUCUGACAAAGUGAUAUUUCAACCCACUGGGUGAAAAUGGUGCGUAUAUAAAAAUAUAACUGAUAUAACUUGUCUGUCUAGAAGAAAAUAAAAUUGAGCUGCUGCUUUGCAGCAUACCCACACAAAACAAUUUUGGAGGGAUUAAAAGCUUAAAUGUAAACAAUAAAAUAUUUAAAAUAUUAAUCUAUUGAAUUUUCUUUAUACAUAUAGUCUAGAUGUGGUUGGUAGUUUUAAGUGGCAAAGAUAAAGGACAAAAGGCGAAUUGAAAAAAAAAUGUUUGAAAUAACAAAUACAGAGUGUAACAGAUAAAGAGUUAACACUUAUAAGACCUAUUGCAUGUUAAGUAAAAGUCCACACAAUAGAAACAUGGGUAAGCAUAUGACCAGAACUUCAUAGAAGAGAAAUCCAAACAUUCAGCAUACUUAAAAGAAAUUGUAUAACUUCACUAGUAAUUGAUAUGCUAACAAUGAAAUAUUAUUUUAUGACUAGCAAAAAUUAUGUGGUAAACCUACUGCUCGUAGGGUUCUGCGGUAAAGGAUUUUCUCAUAAGAUGCUAGUGGAGAUGUGAAUUGUUACAAGUUUUUUUUUAGUAAAUAAUUAGGGCAAUACCUGUUAAUAUUGAAAAUAUAUGUUCUUCCAUUCAACAUUCCCACUCCAUGGAAUCUUUUCCUUAGAAAUAAAAACGCCAGGUGUGCCUGGGUGGCUCAGUUGGUUGAGCAUCCGACUUCAGCUGAGGUAAUGAUCUCAUGGCUCGUGGGUUCGAGCCUCCCGUGUCGGGCUCUGUGCUGACAGCUCAGAGCCUGGAGCCUACUUCGGAUUCCGUGUCUCCCUCUCACUGCCCCUCACCCUGCUCGUGCUCGCUCUCGCUCUCUCUCUCUCUCUCUCAAAAAUAAAUAAACAUUAAAAAAAACUAAAAAAAAAAAAAAAAACAAAAGAAAAACACCAGGGGUGCCUGGGUGGCUCACUUGGUUGAACAUCCAACUUCAGCUCAGGUCAUUAUCUAAUGGUUUAUGAAUUGGAGCCCCUCAUCAGGCCCACUGCUGUCAGUGCAGAGUCCACUUCCAAUCCUCGGUCCUCCCUCUCUCUCAAAAAUAAAAAAAAGAAUAAAAAGAAAUACCAGUAACCAAGCAUGCAUUUAGGUGAAUGUUGAUUGCAGCAAUGUUUUGUAGUAGCAAAAGCCUGGGAACAAAGGGAAAGCCUGUCAAUAGGGUAUUGUUGUAUAAAUCAUGGCACAGGCAUAUCAUGGAAUAUUUUUGCAGUUAUUAAAAAAUGGGAGUUAAAUCUAUACUGAUGAGUUGAAAGGAUCUCCAUCAUGUAUCUUAAGUAACAAAGGCAAAGUUAGAGAAAUGUAUAUAAUGAGAUCCCAUUUUUAUAGAACAGUUGAAAAACACUUUGAGUUUUGUAUAUGCUUGUACAGUUGUUAACAUUGGAGGGAGGAAAUAAGCAAAAGAAAAAAGAAGGAAAGAAAAAAGGGUAUCCACAAUAACAUAUGUAUGUGAAACUACCUGUUUGUGUGUCUACAAGAUGAAUUACAGGAACGGAUAGUCACCAGAAUGUUUAGCAGCCAUCUCAGAGUGGUUGGAUGGGCAUUUCAGGUGAUUUUUACUUUUUUCCUUACAGUUUCCUAUAUUAUGUGUUUUUAUUUUUACAACAAAUAUGUAGUGUUUGUUAUUAGAAAAAAAAACUAUUAACGUUUUAUUUUUUUAAUGUUUUUAUUUAUUUUUGAGACAGAGACAGAGACAGAGCAAAAGCUGGGGAGGAGCAGAGAGAGAGAGGGAGACACAGAAUCUGAAGCAGGCUUCAGGCUCUGAGCUGUCAGCACCGAGCCCAAUGUGGGGCUCAAACUCGUGAACCACGAGAUCACGACCUGAGCUGAAGUCGGACAGUUAACUUACUGAGCCACCCAAGCGCCCCAAAACUAUUAACAUUUUAAAAAAUAAAAGUUCUGAUAGGUCAAAGAAGGAAUCAAUAGGGGGGGAAAUACCACUUGACCAGAAAUGGCAAAUGUCUGAAAUAUUUUUUGCCUUAAUUAGUGUGAUGUCUGAGAUGAAAGUGUGUUAUUCUGAUAACACCAUAAAUUCUCCUUAAUUUUGUAUAUGUGAUAACCAUUGGGUAUCCAGUAAGAAAUUGUCAUUAAAAAUGUGUAGGAAAAUCAUAGGCAUUAACAGAUCGGGUUGCAAAUAAACAUUUUGUUUUAGUUAAUAAAAACAAAACAAAACCCUAGGUACAUGAGUAAUUCUCCUUAGGAAAGCUUCAAAUAAGAAUGUCUUUUUUCUUUUCUUUUUCUUUUUUUUUUUUUAAAGUAAGCUUCACUGCCAUUGUGGGGCUUGAACUCAUGACUCUGAGAUCAAGAGUCACAUGCUCUACCCACUGAGCCAGCCAGGCGCCCCUCAAAUAAGAAUGUCUUUAAAGAGGCAAAAUUAAAAGUAUUUACAAUUAUUUAAUACUUUAUUUCAGUUCUUUUAAGAGGCUGAACUUAAAUCAUUCAGGCUGUGAUAGAACAUGGCAGCUGCUUUAGAGUUGGAUUCCUUGCAUGUAUAAAGCAUCUGUAUUUGUUUCUUAGGUUGAUACUCUUUGUUUUCCUCUUUUUGUUACCAAUAUUAUUAACUUGAUUGUAUAUAUGUUCUUUAUUGCAAACUGUACAAAUUCUUUUUGAAAAGAAUUGGGAUAUAUGUAAAUAAAAAGUAAUUUUCAAGUAGUAUUGAGAGGCAAUACAGCAAGGAGGUUAAGGACCUAAGUACUGAAGACAGACUGGGUCACAUCCUGGCUCUGCUGCUUCCAAACAGUGUGACUUUGGGGAAGUUACUUUUAUCUUUCUGCAUUUUUCUCAGCUUUAAAAUAAAGAUAAUAAGAGUAUUUACUUCAUUAAGUGUUGUGAGGAUCAAAGUAAUAUAAGAAAAGUGAUUAGGCCUAUUGGCACAUAGUAAGAUUUAUAUAAAUAUUUGUCAUUAUUAGUUACUGUACUCUUUGCUCAGUUAAGUAUAUACAGUGUAGUUUUAUUACUUGGCUUAAUUGUUUUGGCACUCACUGAAUCAUCCAACAAUAUUUUUAAUCAAGUUGAAUGGAUAGUACACGUACAAAUGAGUAAAAAUUAUGUAUUUAGAUAUAUGUGUAUUUUCUCCUUUUCUCCUAGACCUUAUUCUUUUCUUACAUGUAUUUGUUCACGAAUACAUAUUAUUCUGGACCUUACGUUUUUUACUUAACAGGGGUAUCUUGGAGAUCUUUCCACAUUCGUUCAGGUAAACCUGCAUCAUUCUUUUAAAUUGUACUAAUGUGUUGUCAUCAUCAUCUGUAACAUUUAUUGAGAGCUUAUUACUGAUCCAGGCACUUAACAUUUGAGUUACAUUAAUUCAUAGAAACCUCACAACAACCUUAUGCGAUGGUUGUUACAUUUCCCCCAUUUAACAAAUGAAGCAAAUUAGGGAUGGGGUAGUGAAAUGCCCAACAGUGUCACACAGCUCGUAAGUAAUAGGACUCAGGAUUUUAACCCAGGGAGUCUCUUUCCAGAGAUUCUAUCUUGAUGCUACUGAGUAUUAUAGCCUCUUAUCCUACCACAAGUUAUGUAGUCUCUAUUUUAGUGGACAUUUCCAAUCUUUUGUUGUAAGAAACAGUGCUAUAAUAAAUAUUUUGUUAAUAGAAUACUUUGUACACAUAAUUUCUAGAAAUGGAAGAGCUGGGUCAAAGGAUAUGUACAUUUCAAGUUUCGGUGUGUAUGGCCAAAUUACUCUCCAAUUUAGCAAUGCACAGAAGUUCACAUUUGUCUUCGGUAUUGUGCUGAAACCUGCCAAAUCAUUUAGCUUGAGUCUUUGGGAAGCUGAAUAGCUAAAGGCCUUUACAUUUAGCAUCCCUGAAUUAUGAGUGAUCUACCAUCUUGUGAUAGCAUAGGUAACCUAUCAUGUGUAAUCAAUGUAACAAUGUCAGUAUGGGAACAAGGUAUGACCUUUGGACUUCCUGUUACUUCCAAAUAAUGGUAAGUAUUCUGGAUAUAAAUUGAAAUGCUGUUUAUGUGAUUUAUACAUUGAAAUGCUAUAAAUCGUAGUUUGAAUGCAUAUCAUUGAAAGAGCAAAAUGCUGCAAUCAUCAAUGUACAUUAUUAAAAGUAAAAUGCUAUGAUUGUUAAUAAUUAUGGAAGUGCUUUCAAAUAGUUAAAUAGGGAAUCAGAUUGCCAAUUAUUAAGACCAUUGAGAGUGUGAUAGUUAAAUGUACAAGUAAUUACAUAUUUUCUUGUGAAAAAUGGGUUUUCAGUAAUCUGCAAGUCCUAGUCUUAGGUUUUGCAGAAUUAGGCAGUGGGGGGCUUUAGUGAGCAGUUACAUCAUCCGCAGAUUUUUUUUAAAUUUUUUUAAUGUUUAUUUAUUUUAGAGCAAGAGAGACAGAGCAUGAGUGGGGGAAAGGCAGAGAGAGAAUCCAAAGCAGGCUCCAGCCUCUGAGCUGUCAGCACAGAGCCCAGUGUGGGGCUCAAACCCAUGAACAAUGAGAUCACGACCUGAGCCAAAGUUGGAUGCUUAACCAACUGAGCCAGCCAGGCACCCCCCAUGAAUUGUUUUAAACACAAUAUACGUCUGCUCAAUGUUCUCUAUUUCAUUUGUUUCAAGAAAGGGAAAAAAUUAUUAUUAAUUCAAAAAGCAGGCUGACUGACCCAAAUUCUUUAAUGUGAUCCAAAGACACUUAAAAUUUUGAGAGAGAGAAAGAGAGAGAGAGAGAGAACGUGCGAGUGAGUGGGGGAAGCGCAGAGAGAGGGAGAGACAGAAUCCCAAGCAGGCUCCACACUGUCAGCAGAGCCCUACACAGAGCUCAAACCCACAAACUGUGAGAUCAUGACCUGAGCCAAAAUCGAGGGUUGGACACUUAACCAACUGAGACAUCCAGGUGCCCCUUUAAGUAUUUUUUUUUUUUAAGAUUGUAUUUUUUUUUUUAAGUAAUUUCUACACCCAAGAUGGGGCUCAAACUUAACAACCCCAAGAUCAGAAUCACAUGUUCUACCAACUGAGCCAGCCAGUUGCCCCCAUAAGCUUUCAUUUCUUAUGGGUAAAUACCAAGUAGAAUGACUGGAUCAUGUGUGUGCAUAUGUUUAACUUUUUAAGAAACUGCUAAAUUUUUUCCCAAAGUAGUUGUAUCAUUUUACAUUACAGCAGUAUAUGAUAGUUCUAGUUCUGUGUCUUUACCAACAUUUCCUAUGGUAAGUCUUUUUAAUUUCAGCCAUUCUAUUAUGCAUAGAGUGCCAUUUUGUUGUUGUUUUAAUUUGUCUUUCUAAUGAUGUUAGGCAUCUUUCAUGUAGUUAUUUACCAUCCAUAUAUUUUUUUUGAUGAAGUAUAUGUUCAGACCCUUUGCCCAUCUUUUAAUUGUGCUCUUUAAGUCCAGUUUUGGGGAGUUUUAAGAUAUAUUCUAGAUAGGUCCUUUAUUACAUUUAUGCUUUGCAAAUAUUUUCGCGCAAUAUGGAACUUGGCUUUUCGUUCUAACAAUGUUAUGAAGAACAAAAAAGUUUUCAAUGUCCAUGAAUUACAGUUUAUCAAUUUUUUCUCUAAUGGAUUGUGUUUUCAGUAUUGUGUGUAAUGAAUCUACCUAGUCCAAGAACAUAAAGCAAGGUUUUACAUUUAGGUCUACCAUCCGUUUUUAGCUUAUUUUUUUAAUAAGGUACAAGGUAUGGCUUGAAGUACAUUUUUUUAAUGUUUAUUUUAUUUUUGAGAUAGUGAGUGGGGAGGGGCAGAAAGAGAAGGUGACAGAGAAUCCCAAGCAGACCCCACAGUCAGCAAAGAGCCUGAUGUGGGGCUCGAACCCACGAACAGUGAGAUCGUGACCUGAGCAGAAAUCGAGUCGGACGCUUAACUGACUGGGCCACCCAGGUGUCCCUUGAAGUACCUGUUUUUUGCAUUUGCAUAGAGACUUAAUCUACUACCACUUAUUAAAAAACUAUACUUUCUCCACUGAUUUGCCUUUGUAUUUUUGUCAAAAGUCAGUUGUCCAUUUACGUCUGUGUUAUAUAGCCUUUUUGAGCUGAUAAAUGUUUAUAGAAUUUUAAUAAUACCAGACAGAACAGUGGAGAUUUUAUCUGUUCUUUGUAGAAUGAUUUUGUGUUCUAGCAUUCAUAAUAUUAAGUAAAAUAACUGCUAACAGUAUAACAUUUUUAACUUAUAGCAUAAGUUUUUAUAUUAGAAGGUCAUUCUUUGAUGAUGAUAUCUUGUUUCAGCUUUGGCCUCAGCUAAAUACUGUUUUUUUAGAUCUUGGCCAUUGGGCAUUAUGCCAGAAUGUGUAUUUAGUGCACUUCAAAGGAGUUAUAUCAGUUUUCACUCAGUGAAUGAGCUUGCCUAUUUCCCAUACACCUUUUGCCAGUAUUGUCACUGAGCAAUGUUUAGUAAUUACCUACUAUGUGUCAGGAUGCUUUACUUUGCAGUUAGGGGUACUCAACGAACAAAGCAGGUAUGGUCCCUGUUUCCCUGUUAUUUACAGACUGGCAGUGGAGACAGAUAUUGAACAGCUCUGUUCACAGAUUUUUAAUUAUACUGGUAGCAAGUAUGACAAAGGAGCGAUAUUGAAGGCUGUGAGCACAUACCAGGAAGUUAAUUCCUUAGCAAACUGUGCUUUUGAAAAUCUCUAUCUGUAAUUAAAUCCUUCUCUUCCCACAGACAAUUUAGUUAAAUAACUCUGGUUGUUAUUAAUCAUGGAAUACUAGGCAAGCCACUAGAAAUGCAGAUUUCUUACCCUCUGAAUUGGAAAUGUCUGUGAACUUUUGACUAAAGUCAUAUCUUUAAAUCCAUGUUGAAAAUGUUUUCCACCUAUACUAGGCAGCAUUCUUCUCCCUUCUGUGCACACUUUAUCCUCUGGGUCAUAUUUUCAUUAUAGAGAUUUUGUGAAUUCCUGAGUUGAAGGUGAACCUGUUUAUGGUGAUGCUUUUUAUAAACACUGGGUUAAUGUGCCUUUGCACAGUUUGUGAACCUUCUAUCCCUUCUAUUCAAAUCCAUGAAAUAAAUGACAAGAUGGAUCCAUCUGAAUACAUAAACAUCAUUUUAUGACACAAAUGUAAUAGCAUUUUCACUGCAACAUUGUUGGUGCUGACUCUUGUAUGUACAUCGUUCUUAAAUACAUGUAUUGUUUUUAGUUGGCCAGUUUGGCUGUUGGUGAUAUGUUUUCUUGGCAAAGCAAUCCAGAAAAUGUCUCAUUAAUUAACAUUUAGAAGAGUGAUAUGGUAAUUGUAGGCAGUUGUCAAGAGAAUUUUCUAAGUAUUUUGAGCAGUAGUUUUUUUUUUAAAGUGGUUGCGAACUUCCUAGGUUGACUACUUUUGAAGGGGACAGUUCUCUUGCAUGACUGCUGACAUUUUUUUUAAUUGGUAAAGUCACUUCAUCUGCAGUUUGUGUGAGACAACCUGUCCAAAAUGGUCAGAGACCAUGAAGGUUAAGGAUCCUCUUGGAAGAGAAUUUGCUAAGGACAGUCCUUGAUACUGUGAACUUGGACAUGCAGACUGUUUAACACAAGAAAUUUAAUUAUUAUGAUUAAAUACAUUAGGGGUUGGGGGAAGACUGUAGGAUUUCAGAUAAACUAAUGCUUCAUUUUUGUUGUUAGAUUUUAAAGAUAGUUCCAGUUUUUCACUUUCGCAGCAUUAAAUACAUAUGGAAAUAAAUACUUAUCCAUGUGUCAAAUGUAUUCCCAGAAGUUCAGUUUAUAAUCAAAGGGUUUGAACAUUUUUAAGGACCUUGUUGCAGUUGCCAAAUUGCUUCCCAUAUUUUUUAGAAAAUAAUGAACCCAAAGUGGCCUUUGUUUGAUGGUUGUAGGUCAUUCUUUUUUUUUCUUUUUUAAUUUGAGAGAGAGAGAGAGAGAGAGGGAGCAUGUGCAUGGGGAAGGGGCAGAGACAGAGAGAGAGAGAAAGAAUCCCAAGCAAGCUCCACACUCAGCAUGGAGCCCGAGGCAGGGCUCAGUCCCACAACCCUGGGAUCAUGACCUGAGCCGAAAUCAAGAGUCGAAUGAAUGUUCAACCAACUGAGCCGCCCAGGCACCCUGGUUAUAGGUCAUCCUUAUGACCGUUAAUCAAUUCACCAUCUCAGUCUUUAUCUACUUUUUAUUUAUUCUUGGAGUGUAGCCCUGUAAUAAUUUGAUAUUUUGUUGCUUUAAAUCUGCACUGAUCUAAAAUAUUAGUAAUAAUUUUUAAUUGUGCAUGUAUUGGGGCACCUGGGUGGCUCAGUCAGUUAAGCGUCCAACAUUGGCACAGGUCAUGAUCUUGCCCUGCGUCACGCUCUGUGUUGACAGCUCAGAGCCUAGAGCCUGCUUCGGAUUCUGUGUUUCCCUCUCUCUCUGCCCUUCCCCUGCUCACACUCUGUCUCUCUCUCAAAAUAAAUAAAGGAUUAAAAAAAUUUAAUUGUGCAUAAAUUGAGUCAACAAGACAGUAUGAAGGUCUCUUGAAAUAUGUAGCAACUCAAAGGCUAUCAUUUUAUCGGUUUAGAAAUCUGUUUUUCUGUUUUUUAGUCUUUGUUCUAGUGAGGGUUGGCAAGUCUGACCUAUCUAAAUAUUAUUACACUGUAUUUAGUUCUAAUACCAUAUAUGAUUGUUUCUAGGAAAUACUUUCUCCCCCCCACAUUUUAGCAACUGAAAUUAAUGUCUGUCCUGCAGUUUCUGCAGUGUAAUAAAAGAGUAUGUAACAAUUGAUGGUAUCUUAGAUGGAAUACGGUAUUACUUCUAGGUAGGAGUGUAUGUGUGUGAGAAUUGCUCUUAGGUGACAUCACCAUAAAGAGUAUCUUUAUGGACUUUUAGUUGAUUGCCUUACCUUGGCUUCCUCUAAUCAAUAACUUAAAAUCAAUAAAAGUGUACUAGCAAAGUGUAAAAAAUAAAAAUAGCAAAAAAUGGGAAGCCAUCUAGGUACCCAAUAAGGAGAAUUAUUAGGUAAGCUAUGGUAUCCAUUUAAUAAAAUAUUACACAGUUUAAGAUGAUACUUGUGAAUAACAGUAUAUGAAAAUGUAUUACAGUAUUGAUUACAAUUUUUAUCAAAAAUUGUUUAUGAGGAGAUAAGUCAGUAAUAUUUAAGUGAUGAGACUUUCCCUUGGAUACUUUAAAAAUUGCAAGCAUACUGCUUUUGAAAAUAAAUUUUAAAGAAAAGUAUAAGUAUUAAAGGCUUUUUUUUCUUUACUGUUUAUAUCAUUUGGCUCUCUUCUUGGCUGUUUACAUCUUAGGUAAGUUAGGAUAUAAAUCAAGGGACUUUCUUCUUGGACUCAUUUCUUCUGAACCUAAAAUUAAGAAAAUGUUCUAAAAAUUCACAAAAAGUCAAAUGGGAUGUUAAUAUUAGCCUCACUAGAGCUUUGUACCUCCAGUUUAAGAAAUAAGAAAAAUAAGAUGGAAUUUCUCACUCAGGUACUAGUUAGGUAGCUUCAUUGUUCCAAAUUUAUGAGUCUAUUAACCAGCAAGUUUCCACUACUAUUCCCUGCUUUUAACAGUAGCAAAAUUGAGUCUGUUUUUGUUAAUAUUCUUACUUGCUUCAAAGAUGCUUAUUUUCCUCUGAGAUAUGCCCAUUUACUUUGCAGUUCAUUAAUAUUUACUUUUUCUCCCUGCUGUUAUAACCAGUUAGGUUUGUGUUAUGAAGCUAGGUGUUAAUAAAAUACGGCAUUAUGCAUUGUUGUUUAAAAAUUAAUUUUUUAGGAGAUGGAUAUUUUAGGAGCAGUCAAUUCUUGGUUGUUCUACUACUUACUCUUUAACUUUUGAAUGAUCUGUCAUCUUUUUUUCAUCUCUUUUCUUUUGCAAGAAUAUUAACCUUCGUAAUUCUAACAUAGACUCAGUUACUAAUAGAAAAUAGACACCCGUGGUUUUAAAAAGAGAGGUAAUAGGGGUGCCUGGGCAGCUCAGUCGGUUGGGCAUCUGGCUAUUGAUAUCUGCUCAGGUCAUGAUCUCAUGGUUUGUGGGUUCGAGCCCCACAUUGCGCUCUGCACUAACAGUGUGGAGGCUGCUUGGGAUUCUCUCUCCCUCUCUCUCUGCCCCUCCCCUACUUGCAUGCUCUCUCUCUCAAAAAUAAAUAAACAUUUUAAAAAAUAAUAAAAAGAGAGGUAAUGAAGAUUAAAACUGUUGGUAAUAUAAGGUCUUUUGAAUUAUUUGUUAUGAAAUGCCUACUUGUUAAAAUCGGACUAAAUCUGUGCUUCACCGGUUUAUAGCACUGUUGUCUUCAGUGGGUUGUUUGGGUCUCAAAACCUAUUUCCUAAGCAAACAAUACCAUCAUCAUAGGACUGUUGUUAAGUGUUAAAUGAGAUGUGCCCAUUUUUUAACAUAAUGCCUGGAGUGUAAUAUGUGCUUAAUGAAUAGUAGUUGAUAUUAUCUGUUUUUAAUUUCAGACAUUUUAUCAAGUUACUGCUGUGCAAGGCACUUUGAUGUUUGGAGGGAAGGGUAAGAAAAUGAUAAAUAUGCUCCUUGAAGGCAGGAAUACUCAAAUAUGUUCAUGUUAUGGCUUACCAUUUAUCAUAGGCUUCUAGCCUAUAAAUUCAUACCAUACAACUUAUACAGUAAAUACAGUAUUUUGUGUUUUUUAAAAAAAUUUUUAAGUUUAUUUGGGAGAGAGAGAGUUUACAUGCAUGUAUGAAUUAGGGUGGGGGGAGGGGGUGCAGAGAGAGAGGGAGAAAGAGAAUCCCAAGCAGGUUUCAUGCUGUCAGUACAGAGCCCGAUGUGCGACUCCAUCUCACAAACUUGUGAGAUCACGACCUGAGCCGAAAUCAAGAGUUGGCGCUUAACUGAUGAGCCACUCAGGCACCACCAGUAUUUUGGGGUUGUUUUGGCUAAAACUUUGGACUAUCACACUCAAUAUAGUACAGUUUUACUUAUUAAAAAUUUGAAGUGAAAGGAAUCUAAUUGUUUAUUUCUAGAAAUCCUAUAAAAAUUGUUCAUGGACAGGCCUGUCAACAAACCAAAAGCAUAGCUGAUACAGUUCGAGUUCUGUUUUCCACUGAAGUGUCUACCCUAGCUUUUAUCUUUACUAUUCCUUUUCAGGAAUGCCUUUAGUUUGAUAAAUGGAGAGAGGCAUGUGUGCAUGUCCUCCAAAAGUUUCAUUCCAAUAGAAAUAAAUUUUUCCUGAUUCCAUUAGUCCAGUUUGCCACCAGUAAUUGUUUUGUACUUCUCUACUCUUUGGUUCCCACUUUUGUCUGCACAUUUCCUCAUUGUCCACCUCAGUAAUUUUUGUAAACUAUGUGAGUAAUGACCUUAUGUUUGCCUUUAUUCUUAACCCUUGGUCUAUUCAUUGUUCUUUUUUUAAAUAGCAAUAUGAAAUAUGUGUAACACAUGAAAAUAUUUAUUCUUAAAACUUUCUUCUAAUGUUGAUUAAUUUAGUAGACCAGUAAAAGCAACAAAGACCCAGAUGCAAGGUGGCCUGUCUGCUUAGGUUGGCUCCCUACAAGGUCCCAAGUUUGCUCAUGUCCCGUGCAGGUAAAUUAACAUGAUGGAUUUCUCCAAGCUACCCAAAAUACUUGAUGAAGAUAAAGAAAGCACAUUUGGUUAUGUGCAUGGGGUCUCAGGACCUGUGGUUACAGCCUGUGACAUGGCAGGUGCAGCCAUGUACGAGCUGGUGAGAGUGGGCCACAGUGAGUUGGUUGGAGAGAUUAUCCGACUGGAGGGUGACAUGGCUACUAUCCAGGUGUAUGAAGAAACCUCGGGUGUGUCUGUUGGAGAUCCUGUACUCCGCACUGGUAAACCCCUCUCAGUAGAGCUUGGGCCUGGCAUCAUGGGAGCUAUUUUUGAUGGCAUUCAGAGACCUUUGUCAGAUAUCAGCAGUCAGACCCAAAGUAUCUACAUUCCCCGAGGAGUAAAUGUGUCUGCUCUUAGCAGAGAUGUCAAAUGGGAUUUUACACCUUGCAAAAACCUGCGGGUUGGUAGUCACAUCACUGGUGGAGAUAUUUAUGGAAUUGUCAAUGAGAACUCACUCAUCAAACACAAAAUCAUGUUACCCCCGCGAAACAGAGGAACUGUAACGUACAUUGCUCCACCUGGAAAUUAUGAUACCUCAGAUGUUGUCUUGGAACUUGAAUUUGAAGGUAUAAAGGAAAAGUUUAGCAUGGUCCAAGUGUGGCCUGUACGUCAAGUUCGGCCUGUCACUGAGAAGCUGCCAGCUAAUCAUCCCUUGUUGACUGGCCAGAGGGUCCUUGAUGCCCUUUUUCCAUGUGUACAGGGAGGAACUACUGCAAUCCCGGGGGCUUUUGGCUGUGGAAAGACAGUGAUAUCGCAGUCUCUAUCCAAGUAUUCCAAUAGUGAUGUGAUCAUCUAUGUAGGAUGUGGUGAACGAGGAAAUGAGAUGUCUGAAGUCCUCCGGGACUUCCCAGAGCUCACGAUGGAAGUCGAUGGUAAGGUGGAAUCAAUUAUGAAGAGGACAGCUUUGGUAGCCAAUACCUCCAAUAUGCCUGUUGCUGCUAGAGAAGCUUCUAUUUAUACUGGAAUUACGCUGUCAGAAUAUUUCCGUGACAUGGGUUAUCACGUCAGUAUGAUGGCUGACUCUACCUCUAGAUGGGCGGAGGCCCUUAGAGAAAUCUCUGGUCGCUUAGCUGAAAUGCCUGCAGAUAGUGGAUAUCCUGCAUACCUUGGUGCCCGUCUGGCCUCUUUCUAUGAGCGAGCAGGCAGGGUGAAAUGUCUUGGAAAUCCUGAAAGAGAAGGAAGUGUCAGCAUUGUAGGAGCGGUUUCUCCACCUGGUGGUGAUUUUUCUGAUCCAGUUACAUCCGCUACUCUUGGUAUUGUUCAGGUGUUUUGGGGCUUAGAUAAGAAACUAGCUCAACGUAAGCAUUUCCCCUCUGUCAACUGGCUAAUCAGCUAUAGCAAGUACAUGCGUGCGUUGGACGAGUACUAUGACAAACACUUCACAGAAUUUGUUCCUCUGAGGACCAAAGCUAAGGAGAUUCUGCAGGAAGAAGAAGACCUGGCAGAAAUUGUACAACUUGUCGGAAAGGCUUCUCUAGCAGAAACAGAUAAAAUCACUCUGGAAGUAGCAAAACUUAUCAAAGAUGAUUUCUUACAACAAAAUGGGUAUACUCCUUAUGACAGGUUCUGCCCAUUCUACAAGACAGUAGGGAUGCUGUCCAACAUGAUUGCGUUUUAUGAUAUGGCCCGUAGAGCUGUUGAAACCACUGCACAGAGUGACAAUAAAAUCACAUGGUCCAUUAUCCGUGAGCACAUGGGGGAGAUCCUCUAUAAACUUUCCUCCAUGAAAUUCAAGGAUCCGGUAAAAGACGGUGAAGCAAAGAUCAAGGCUGACUACGCACAACUUCUUGAAGACAUGCAGAACGCAUUCCGUAGCCUCGAAGAUUAGAACUGUGAUUUCUUUCCUUCUUUUCCUCAGCAGUCUCUCCUCUGUGUAUAGUUUCCUAAAUUUCUCAUCUCCAAACCCUUUGCUUCUUUGUUGUGCAGCUUUGAGACUAGUGCCUAUGUGUGUUAUCGCUUGUUCCCCUGUUUAUCUGGUGGGUCUUCUAUGAAACAAACAUUCCUUUGUUCCAGUGUUUGAAGGGCCUCCCUGAUCCUUUCUCCGAAUGGUGAAUGUAGUAAAUAUGAUAUAUAAUGGCUACACUACUGUAAACUCAUAUGUAGGGUGACAUGCCUCCUUGUCCUAGGUUUGCCCUUGCCUCAUCACCAUUAAAUUGUAAAUGGGA